AGUGUUACAGUGACAAUGACUUACUAACAUGGGAAAAAUUUUUCAAGGUUAGGCAGGUUAGGAGUGAUGCAAUGUAACAACAUUUUAAAUUAUUAUAUAAUUUAUUAAUUGGUAGCCCAAUAGGAUAAAUCUUAUAAAUAUAAAGGAUUUUAUUCAUCAGAAAUGGCAAAUUCCCAACCUAUAUUUGACUACCGCGAUGAAUCUCAAGCUGACAGGUUAGCCAGGAAAUCUAAAGAUUCACCUUUUAUGAUAAUUGGUAUUAUUGGUCUCAUCGGUGUUUGUGGAUUUGGGGCAUAUAAAUUCAAGACAAAAGGUGAAAUGAGCACAAGUGUGUUCCUAAUGCAACUUCGAGUGGCGGCUCAAGGCACAGUUGUGUCUGCACUGACGUUGGGCUUAGCAUACACAUUAGCCAAGAAACAUUUGUUUAAAGAUGACAAAGCAGAAUAAUAUUUUGGAUUAAUUUAGUAAAAUUACUUAAACCAGUAUAAAGCUUAACUUUGCUACCUCAAAAUCUCACAAUGUUUGGAACCAAUAGAAAUCUCAAAUUAUCUCAUUUUAUUUUUAUAAUUUUUUUUUUCGUAAUAAUUCACCUAGUUGUGUAGAUGUUGAUUUACUUUAUUUGUAGUAUUAAUUGGGAGCAAAGCUCAGCUUCUGUGAUCAUUAGAAAUGUAUGUAGUUUUCUUUUGUGUCAGAGUUCUGGUUUAAUUUUUGUGAUAUGUGUAACAUAUUUAAUUUUAAGAAUUAAUUUAUUUAUUAAAUGAUUCAAGCUUUAAUUUC